UUGUGUUGUGCGUACGCGGUUGUUGUCGUGGAUUCUAAUUUACGCGUUUUCGAAUUUAAAAGUGAUGUUCGUGACUUAAAAAGUUACUGUAGUGGUACAAAGUGAUUGUAUUUAUCAUCGUAGUCAUAAUGAAGUGCAAUAAUGUAUGGUUUUAAACCGAAGAAUGAAGUUUAUAAAGUUUUGUGAAGUGUUUAGUGCGACAUUGUGUUUUUAUUCACCUUGCCUACGGCUACCUGUUUGAGAGGAUUUAUAACAACAGGGCCCCAGGAUGAACCCCGAGAUGGCCAUGGUGGUCCGCCGGACAGAGGAGCGAGAAGCCCUGCGGGGUGUGAUCGCUCAGUGGAACGCCAACAGGCUGGAUCUGUUCGAACUGUCCGAGCCGAACGAGAACCUGGAGUUCCACGGGGUGAUGAGGUUCUACUUCCAAGACGCUGGACAGAAGGUGGCCACCAAGUGUAUCAGGGUAGCGAGUGACGCCACGGCUCAGGACGUCAUAGAAACGCUCAUUGAGAAGUUCCGACCAGACAUGAGAAUGUUGUCAGUUCCCGAGUACGCUCUCUACGAGAUACACGAGAAUGGAGAUGAGAGGAGGCUGGGGAACGAAGAGAAGCCUUUGCUGGUUCAACUCAACUGGCACAAAGAUGACAGGGAAGGCAGGUUUCUGCUGCGACGGAUAGAUGACAAGACAAAUAUGCCAGAGGGGACUUUCCAGGAAAGUGGCUCGAGUUUUAAGAGAAAGCUUUCAAAAAGAGAAAAGAAACAGUUGAAGAAGCAGGAGAAGCUAAACAGAUUAAAGAGCACAGGAGGGGUCACGUCAGACGAGAAUGAUUCUGGUGUUGCUGAAAAACUGUAUACAGCUCUACCAGAGACAAGUUUCACCAGGUCCAUAUCCAACCCUGAGGCUGUGAUGAGGCGACGUCGCCACCAACAGUUGGAGCGCAAACUGCAGCAGUUCCGCAGCAAGGACGGAGGCCCGGACACUGGCGGAACUCUCAAGAUAUACGGCGAGGCUCUCUGCAGCGAUGUACCCUACAAGACGCUACUGUUGAGUGUUGGCGACACUGCUGCUCUAGUGGUCAGAGAUAUGUUGGCCAAGUAUGGGCUAGACAGAGAGGACGCUCACAACUUCUGUCUUGUACAGGUGAACACUGCAAUAGACCCCAACGCUGAGAACAAGGAGGUGGGCCCUGGCAACAACAACACAAUCAACAACAGAGAAUACAUCCUGGAUGACGAUGAGUGUCCGUUAGCCAUCCUGAUGAACCAUCCACAGUCUAGAGGUUCUAUAAUGUUCCACGUGCGCCGCCGGCCGGCCGACUACCAUCCUAGGAAGAGGAAGAAGAAGCCACAACAGAAAUGGAACCACCAGAGCAGCACGGAGAUGCACGAGUAUCGCUACGAGGAUGGGUUCGAUCGGCUGCCGUUCUUUCUGGAGCUCAAUCCUGACGGGAGUGACAUUGCCGGCGGCACCGCCAAGCGCCACAGGCUUCACCCCAAUGUGACGGAGGUGGGGAGUGAACGAGCAUCGCCGCACUCACAGAGUCAGACGCUGCAGCUGUUUGGGCCGAACAUCCAGCCGAGACAUUGUGUGAUCGCGCACACCGAGGGCAUUGUCACAGUGACGCCAUGCAGCCGCGACGCAGAGACUUACGUCAACGGACAGAGGAUAUAUGAGACCACUAUACUGCAGAAUGGAGCAGUUGUAAAGUUCGGGAGGAUACACAAUUUUAGGUUUUGUGAUCCAUGCCAUGACGAGAGGCUAAGACAACGCCACGACUCAGCAAGGAUGGCUCAUGACUACUCGUACGAUCGACAAUCUACUGGUAGCCAGCCCCCUGUUACCCCCACCCCUACACAGAAUUACGAGACUACUUUCGACGUUGACGGAAAUGUCGAGACACGAUCUACUUCCAGCCUCGGAAACAAAGAUGAGACGCGAUCGCAGAGGUCGGUGGGCAGCAGCAGUAGGGACGGCAAUAGGUUAUCCAACUACGAGCGAUAUCCAAGAGGAAACGACCCGAUUCUGCCAGCAGUCUUGGAACUGAGAGAGGAAAAAGAAGAAGCACUGCUACACGAGUUAAUCACCAAUCUAGAACCGAACAGUCUGGUGUUCAAGUUGGCGCCGGCGUACACACUGUACCUUGCGGCUCGCUACCGCGCCAGCACACACUACAGACCUGAGCUGACACCAACGGAGAGGGCGUACAAGCUGACACUCAUGCUGGCGCGAGUUGCUGCUAUGAUACACAAUGUUAUACAGGAGAGGUACUGUGAGGUGAAGUCACUGGCUCUGUGGUUGGCCAAUGCCUCGGAACUCCUUCACUUCCUCAAGUCUGACAGACACGUGUCCGCCUUCUCACUGGACGCUCAGGACACACUGGCCGACGCUGUACAGAUUGCCUUCAGACACCUGGUGGCCUGUCUGCAAGCUGAACUUGCAGCUGUCAUGCCCAACUUUCUGUCUGAGAGAGAUGAGCUCAGUCACGACCCCGAAGAUUCGUCAAGUGCAUCGGAGCUGGGAGUGCUAGCCUCUGCCAUGGCUCUGUUGAGGCGAUGUCGAGUCAACGCAGCUCUCACCAUACAGCUGUUCUCUCAGCUGUUCCACUUCAUCAACGUGUGGGCCUUCAACCGCAUCGUGGCUCCCAACAGUCAGUACUGCAGCAGAGCAUGGGGUCUCCGGCUCAAGGCCAGGCUGGCCCAGAUCGAGGUGUGGGCAGAACGUCAAGGCUUGGAGUUGGCUGCAGAUUGUCACCUGGCUCGUAUAAUGCAAGCUGCACAUCUACUACAGGCUCCCAAGUACACUGCUGAGGACCUUGCGACUCUCACCUCUACGUGUUUCAAGCUCAACUCACUACAGUUGCGUGCACUGCUGCAGAAGUACCAACCUACCCCUGACGAGCCCAGGCUGCCUCACGAACUCAUCGACAAUGUUGUAAGGGCUGCCGAGAACCUGGCUGAUGAGCUGGCCCGCUCUGAUGGCCGAGAGGUGAAGCUAGAAGAAGAUCCUGAACUGGCCUUGCCUUUCCUGCUGCCUGAGGAUGGAUACAGCUGUGAGGUUGUCCGAGGUAUACCUGCAGGUCUAGCUGAGUUUGUAGGUCCGCUGCAACACAUGGGACUGUGUAGACUCAUUGUACAGCCUUCCUCCAAUGGACUCUGGACUGUCUACAUGGGACCUGCCAACCCUAUGGUCCGCAGCUCCAGUGCAAUGAGCAACCGUUCCGGAGGUUUUAUCCCCACACAACAGCAGCCAGAGAUCCAACUGAUCAAACUGCACAAGUCCAACAAUGGGAUGGGACUGAGCAUUGUGGCGGCCAAGGGAGCUGGCCAAGAUAGAUUGGGAAUUUACAUAAAAUCUGUUGUGAAAGGAGGAGCAGCUGACGCUGAUGGAAGACUGCAAGCAGGUGAUCAGUUGCUGAAAGUUGAUGGUCAAAGUUUGGUUGGCAUCACUCAGGAGAAGGCCGCAGAGUACCUGGUGAGGACGGGGCCGGUGGUAACACUGGAGGUGGCAAAACAGGGAGCCAUCUAUCACGGGUUGGCAACACUGCUGUCACAACCAUCGCCCGUCAUGACACGAGGCCCCCGACGUAUGAGCGAAAGAGAUCUGCCAUCGCGGGUGUUGAGCGAACAGCAGAACCUGGGUGCCCGGGGUCAGUUGCCGCCCCAUGCCCCUCAGAUACACAGCUCCAAAUCAGUCCCCUCCCUGCACAGUGGUAACCACGAGGUACACGGAGGGGGGGCCACUAUGGUGGGGGGGAGACAACACGAGGUCUUCAACCCUGGGUACAGUCGCACUUCCUCAACCACCAGCAUCCCACCACCCACGACUCUGCGCUCUAGAUCCAGUCAGAACCUCACAGAGCAUAGAGGUAACAACCUUCCAGGGAACCUCGGCCGACAGGCUUCCAACCCUAGUCUGGCCAACCAACCUCCCCACUUACAUCCACACGUGCCUCCCUCCUCCUACCAACAACACGUACACCAGCAGUACCAGCAGCAGAACAGUCCUACGACGGGGGAAAACGGGGAGAGGUUCUACCAGAACCUCAGCAUCUACCGCAACCAAGAGAUACAGAACGGGUUCAUACACCAGGGCUCCGGUCGAGGCAAACUGCCUAGUCCUCAGGACGAGAGAAGUCCGGCUCAGCUCCAGAAGAAUCUCCGCGGUUCUCAGUCAUCACUGACGACGGCUCGGCCCCCUGAACAGCCACAGGCACGACCAACCUCUGCAUACCUGCCCCCUCCUCACAUGCAACAGGGCAUGGCGCCGAGGUCACAGUCGUCCAGGGACAUGUUGCGUCAGGAGGCCAAGCUGCAGGAGAUGACUGAGGAAGUCCGCAGACGAGAGUUGAGACUCACCUCUCCACAGUCCAGACUGCAGAUGAACCAAGGACCUAUCCAGCAAGGGCCAAUGCACCAGCCAGGCUACAGCAAUGGUGGAGGUUACCCACCCAACAUCCGUCCGAUGGUCAAGAGAGAAUCACCACCUCCACCUCCACCCCCGGCCACCACUCACCCCCUCUACCAACCCCCUAGAUACGCAGCCAGCAUGGGUGAUCCUCCAAGGGGGGGCUACUACCCGGCACAGGCUCAGCAGAACAGAACCAACAACGCUUAUCUGCACGGCACCAACCCCUGGGAGAAAGAGGAGAAGGAAAAGGAGAUGUUGAUGCGCAAGGAGGCUGUUAGACAGUGGCGGGACCAGCAGAUUGCGGAGUUGACGGCUCUAGGCUCCACACGCAACCCGCAGCAGGAGGAACAACUCCGCGCGCUCCGGCUGGAGAAGGAGUUUGAGCGGAGAGCGGAGGAGGAAGCAGAGGAAGAUGAGGAGGAAGACACGGAAAGCUCAGAGAGAGUGCAAGGACUGUUGAGAGUUGCGAGACAGCAGGACGAGAGAAGACAGCAGCAGCAACAACACCAACAGCAACAGCAACAGAUUCAUCAACAACAGCAGCAGCAGAUGCAUCAACAGCAGCAGCAGCAGAUGCACCAACAACAGCAGCAGCAGAUGCACCAACAACAGCAGCAGCAGAUGCACCAACAGCAACAGAUGCAUCAGCAACAACAGCAGAUGCAUCAACAACAAAUGCAACAACACGGGAUAGCAGGAUCCCCGUCACCUGCUGCCUCACGUCCUCCCUCCCACCAACAGGUGAACGGCAUUGUGGGCCGCACCACCAUGCCCCCCACCACUACCUCUGUUGCUAACAACUACCCCAUCACUACCACACCUACAGGACCUGGAGUGGAGGAGAAGGAGAGGCUGAGAAGAUUGAAAGAUAUGAGAAUGAAACAAGCAGAGAUGGAGGCCGAAGCUCGAUUGAAACGAAGAGAUGAAGAGCUUAGGCAGCAACAGAUCAACAAUCAAGCCAACAGCCAAGGAACCCCACCGCGACCACCCUCUCAGUACAAUGGUUACAGCCCCCCGCCACCCCCGGAACGGGGCAGUAGCUUCCAGGUGAUGAGCCAGACACAGGGUCGUAGCCCCGUCACUCCUGUCAACAACAAUAACAACAUCAGCAACAAUAACAAUAACAACACUGGUGGGGCCAAGCGGGUGUCAUUCCAAGACCCGUCACCACCCACAGUGAACAACCUGCCACCCCCACCACUUGAUAAUAUCCGGGAAGAUCCCAACAAUUUCAUAAAUGAGGCGGAAACAAUGCUGGCUUCUCCAACCAGUCCGGACACUACUUUCACAGGAACAACGCCCGGAGUGAUCGGAGCACAGGAGGUUUACAAAGACCCUCGUCAGCGAAGGUUGCUCGAGCAGCAGAAUCAGAAGAUGAUGUCAGCCAAAGUCCCGGAGAAGUUGAGCUUCAAAGAGAAGAUGAAGAUGUUUGCUAUGGAGACUGGUGAAGACACGACUCCCAGGGACAAAGUGAAGAUUUCCCGAGCUCAACGUGAGAUUGACAACAUCGGUUCCCCCACCACACCCAACAACAACCCUCCCGCCGGCAAUAACAACUGAACUGCAAGCAAUAAAUAUGCCAGUGUACCUGCGAGCGCACCCGUCCUUGAGACUUUUCUGACUGACUUGUACCAGUCAAGAGAAUAGAUAUUAGUGAAAAAUAUUGACAUAUUCAUUAGUUUUAUAUGUUUUGUACAUUCCAGAAGAGUUGAUUAUAUUUAGAUUCUAAAUAUAAUAAAAUAUUUGUAUGUACGUAUACUUUUUAGUUUUGAGUAAGUGAUGUAAAGCUAUUUAUUUUUAUGUUGUCUUUGUAAGUUUUGACAACCAAUUUAUCGCAAAUUUUUAUCUUAUUGAUACACGUGUUCUAAUUUAAAGCUUAUUUGAAGUUUUCCAUCUUUCUUCAAAACAUUUAGCGGAUGCUACCUUUUUAGAUUGUACUACCUGGACCAAUUUUCUCGACCAAACAUUUUACCGUAUAAACAUUUUUAAUUAUGCCUUCAUCCGAGCUCUCUAUGUUCCUACAUGUUCUUGUAUUGUCAACGAAUAUCUUCUCGCAAUAAUGUUAUGUAGGAAACUUUUUAAUGAAGUGCUGUAACUCCAAUAUAUAUGUGACUAGAAGUAAAAUGUAUUUUUAUAAUAAUCGUCCUAGUGGCCUUCAAAAGUGUGGUUUCCUUAGAGCAAUAAAGCCUGGAAGUCUGACAUCGUGUAGAGUUUGAACAAACGCCACUGAAAUCAACUAUAUUUUCUUUGUUAUCCCAUACUACGAGUUAGACUUACCUAUGGUAAAUAUGUGAUAGAAAUGAUCUUUAUAUCUUUAGGUAUUCUUCGAGAUUUAUUAACCAUUAAUGAACAAAUAUUUUUAUAGAUUGUUACGAUAAUUAUAUAUUAUUGAGCCGGCUUAGUAAAGUGUUGUAGUUUUGUAAAUCAUAUCGCUUUUUAGGUGUAUGAAAAUAUGUUUUAAUCUCAAAUUUUGUUUAUAAUUUUGUUGUUUAUUCUAUUUGGUUGAUAUUCAUAUUGAAGUCAGUAAUGAUAUAUUUUUGUUAAGUUAUAUUCAUUUUAUCGUUAUGUGUAAAGUGUACAUUGUUGGUAGUUAGGAGAAGUCAAUUACAGAAAGGUUUGUAUAUAAAGUUAAUCUACUUUGCAUGUAUUUAUGUAUAAUAACAUGCAGAUUGUUAAAUCGGUAAGAUCAAGUUUGUGUGUAUAAUAUAAUAAAAGAGAUCAUGUUAUUUAA